AUGUCCACUGCCGUUCCAGUAGACGGCGCAGACGUUGACAUGACGGCGACAUUGCCAGAACUUUCCUGGGACUUGACAACUGACUCAGGCUGGCUCGAUAUCCUCCCGGAAACACCUCCCGUCGCUGAAGACUCACCGGACAGUCUACCAAAUACGACGCUCACUCUGUAUACGCCCAGCUUGGUACCGGACAUUACAUCUCCUCACGACAAAGCAUUACUAAACCAUUACUCAAAUAUUGUCGCCUCGGUGCUAUCAAGGCAUCCAAACACGACAUCAAAUCCCUAUCUCAGCUACCUCGUACCGAUGGCCGUCUCAAAUCAGCUCAUCCUUCAUUGCGUCCUCGCUUUGAGCGCAACGCACUGGCAGAAGCUCCAACCCGACAUGCGAGACAGGGCAUUGUACCAUAAAGGCCAAGCGACACAAUCUUUGGCCGGUCUCUUGCCUCAUGUCGACGGGGGCUCAGUUGAUGUUGCGCUGGUAUCUUGUCUGCUUCUGUGUAUGUCGGAGCUGUUCGAUGGCACCUCGGCAGGAUGGAAGCUUCACCUCCAGGGUGCAAAGCGACUCCUGUCAACAGUCAAAUCCCAGACUGGUGGUAAUCUGGCAGGUCACUUCAAGUUCUUUGUCAAGCUGGCACGCUUUCUAGACAGCGCAGCAACAACAAGCACAUGCAAGCCUCCUCUGAUAGACGACAAGACAGUGGCGACUACACCUGAACCGACUGAAGAUUCCAGCAACGAUGAUGCUGCAGUAUAUGGAAUACCGAAAGAACUGUUCCAUAUGGUCGAUCGGGUCAACAACCUGGCUAGCAAACGCGGAACAAGAGUCGAUGAGGCUUCCGAAGCUCUAUUUCGCGAAGAAGCUGAACGAGUUCAAGGGAGAUUGGAUAACUGGGCAUACGACUAUGGUGGUCUCGCAGGCGCCGUUGCGUCCUUGUCGCCAACCAACGACGACGUACUCCACGCAACAACCGCAUACGAAUGGGCACUCCGCCUCCGACUCCACCAAAUCACAGAAGGCUACUCGCUUACAGAAAAGGUAUUCGAGUGUGUCCAGCAUAUUCUAGAUUCGGCACAAAAGAUACGAUAUGGCAGUCCUCUCGAGAGCUGCUUACUAUUUCCUUUGGUAAUGGCAGGUGGCGCAUGCAACUGUCUUGAACAGAGGAUGGUUGUACAAGAUAGGCUCAUGAUCAUGGAGCGGACUUGCGGGUUCGGGUAUGUACAUCAGAGCCGUGAGCUGGUUGAGACUGUUUGGAAGAGAAGAGAGACCGAGAGCAUGGUUAAUUGGGCUAGGAUUCGGUAUGAGGAGAUGGGUGGAUUAGCACUCUACUGA